AUGAAAUGUUUUUCCCGUUACCUCCCGUACCUCUUCCGCCCGCCGAGCACCAUCCUGUCCUCCACAUGCCACACCGAAGCUGACAUUAUCUCAACGGUGGAGUUUAACCCAUCGGGAGAGCUGUUGGCCACCGGGGAUAAAGGAGGCAGAGUUGUCGUCUUCCAGAGGGAGCAGGAGAGUAAGAGCCAGCCCCAGCGCAGAGGGGAGUACAAUGUUUACAGCACAUUCCAGAGCCACGAGCCGGAGUUUGACUACCUGAAGAGUUUGGAGAUCGAGGAGAAGAUCAACAAGAUCAAAUGGCUUCCUCAGCAGAACGCCGCCUACUUCUUGCUCUCCACCAAUGACAAGACGGUGAAGCUGUGGAAGAUCAGUGAGAGAGACAAGCGUCCGGAGGGCUACAACCUGAAGGAUGAAGACGGACGGAUCCGAGACCCGUCGACCAUCACCUCGCUACGGGUGCCUGUGCUGCAGCCCAUGGACCUGAUGGUUGAGGCUACAGCCAAGCGUGUGUUCAGCAAUGCCCACACCUACCACAUCAACUCCAUCUCCGUCAACUCCGACUUCCAGACGUACAUCUCUACUGACGACCUCAGGGUCAACCUGUGGAACCUGGAGAUCACUGAUCGCAGCUUCAACAUUGUAGACAUCAAACCAGCCAACAUGGAGGAGCUGACGGAGGUGAUCACCUCAGCCGAGUUUCAUCCCCAGCACUGUCACACCUUUGCCUACAGCAGCAGCAAGGGCUCAAUACGCCUCUGUGACAUGAGACAGGCUGCACUCUGCGACACGCACUGCAAAUACUUUGAGGAGCCGGAGGAUCCUUCCACUCGCUCCUUUUUCUCGGAAAUCAUCUCGUCCAUCUCGGAUGUGAAGUUCAGCCACAACGGGCGCUAUCUGAUGACAAGGGACUACCUCACUGUCAAGGUGUGGGACCUUCAGAUGGAGAACAAGCCACUGGAGACGUACCAGGUUCACGACUAUUUACGGGGCAAACUUUGUUCUCUGUAUGAGAAUGACUGCAUCUUUGACAAGUUUGAGUGUGUCUGGAAUGGAACAGACAGUGUCAUAAUGACGGGAUCCUACAACAAUUUCUUUAGAAUGUUUGACCGGAACACCAAACGUGACGUCACACUGGAAGCGUCCAGAGAAAACAGCAAACCCAGAGCCAUUCUCAAGCCUCGCAAGGUGUGUGUGGGUGGGAAACGACGUAAGGAUGAGAUCAGCGUGGACAGCUUAGACUUCAGCAAGAAGAUCCUUCACACCACGUGGCACCCUCACGAGAACAUCAUCGCUGUAGCCGCCACAAACAACCUCUACAUCUUCCAAGACAAGGUGAACUAA